AUGCCGUCAGCCUGUCCGCAAUUUAAGCCGUCUCCCUCAUCUUCUCUUCUUCACUUUUCACAAAUCUGCUCUGUCUGCUUCACAAUUGCACGAACAAGCAUCGGGCGUGGCCGUAGAAAGUGGGACGCAGCUGUAAACUCAGCCAAACGCCUGUCAGUAGACCGUCUGAGAAGCCAGCCUAACGGAGUCUGGACGACUCUGAAAAAGCGGCUAAAUCGCUCUCUUGGGCCAAUUAAUGCGAUGAAUGGCCAUCUGAACAGUCGAGUACCUCCACGUGGCUCGGCCGAUUAG